CAGCAGCAGCAGCAGCAGCAGCAGCAGCAGCAACAGCAGGGCUGAGCAACAGUAAUUCCAUCAUGAUGAUGAGGCGCCAUUCGCUGUAUCACAAUCAGCCUGCUGUUUGUAACAAGAGUAACAGCACCAACACCCACACCGCAAUCACCACAGCAACCACCUGCCUAACAACACCACGCACACGCUGCCGUUCUCAUUCCACCUCUUCUCUUCCCUCUUCUCCCACCAUCAUGCCCGAACUCGCUACGUUUUCAUCCUCCUCCGACGACUCCUCCACGAUCAACAUUCAUGACGACGGCGACGACGACGAAUCCGCCGGAUUCUUACAGUACAUGGACGAUCAGGUCCACGAGACCUGGGACAGUGCAAAAGCCCUGGUGGUCGGUGCUGAACGUCUUUUACGAUACCACGAACUGCCAAAAGAAUGGCAGGAGAACGAAUACGUGUUGUCAGGAUACCGGUUCUAUGCAUCUUCCCGAGACUGCGUCAGAUCAAUCUUUAUGCUUCACAACGAAACCCUCAACAUCUGGAGCCAUUUGAUCGGCUUCAUUUUCUUUUCCUUCCUCAGCGUCUCCGUCUUCAACCACCAUUUCCCGGAAGCACCCGUGAGCGACCGAGCCAUCUUUGCUACCUUCUGCAUAGCCGCAUUGAAAUGUCUCUUUUGCUCAUCGAUAUACCACACCUUCAUCUGCCACCACAAAAUCAAGGGCUUUGCCGCAACACUCGACUACAUUGGCAUUGCCUUGCUGAUUGCAGCCUCUGUUCUUGUCACCGAGUACUAUGGAUACUACUGCCGGCCAGUAGCUCGUUCACGGUACAUGGUCUUUACAGGCUUCGUCAGCAGCUUCGGUGUUGUCUUGCCAUUCUUUAAAUGCUGGGACACCAAAGAGUUCCGACCCAUUCGCAUCGCUGUAUUCCUGUCCCUUGCGUUCUCGUCCAUCGUGCCCGUGCUUCAUUUGGUGGCCCUCUACGGAUUCUGGUCCACGUGGGCAUUUUUAGAACCAGCCAUGAUCAGCGUGUCCAUGUACCUGCUUGGCGUCCUCUUUUAUGUGAAUCGGUGGCCAGAAAAGAAAUUCCCUGGACGGUUCGAUUAUGCUGGCAUGACAAGUCAUGCUAUUUGGCAUGUGUUUGUUUGCUUUGGCAUUUAUUUCCAUUACAUGGCGUCGCUUCAUUUCUACAAGAAUCGAUUCACUUUCGGUUGCGCCGUCUAGAUCACCGUCAUUACCACCACCACCACCAUCAUCGUCAUCAUCAUCAUCAUCGUCAUCAUCAACCCAUAGCCAGUUUAUUUAUGUAACUUCCAUCCACUUUCGCCCCACCUUUAUCAGCAACAACAACUACAACCAUCGUCUAUCCUCCGAUUCAUCGGAUAGAAUUGUGUAUACCGCGUCGGGUGUGGGACAUCUCUGCUGGGGCACGCACACUCUGACCUCCCAUACUAAUGCACGGCAACAAGCCUUAUUCUUUCUCGCGUGCCACAUAUAAAAAUGUCGACUCCAUACUGUUGUGCUAUAUAUCUCCAACUACAACAACAAUGCCCAAAUAUUCUUAUAUGCGUAUAUAUAAAAUAAAAAGUAUUCCUGU